AUGAAAUUUCUCUCUCCUUAAACACGAACUCGCUCCUUCGUCUUCUUACUUCUCCCGCCUCCAUAGUUAUGACUGCCUAACAAAAUAACCAGCUUCCAGUUGUAUCAGUAUCACCACAGCACUACCUCUACGGCUGCGCAUUUGCCAACCACCUCUAGUCGGCGGCGCCUCUUCCAAAAACCUCUCGUCCCCCGCUGCUUUUCUCGUUCUUGACGACUCUUUUGAAGAGCUAUGGGAAUCGACUGUCUUGUGCUUGGUGCCGGACAAGAAGUGGGGAAGAGCUGUGCUGUAGUGAAUAUCAAUGGCAAGAGAAUCAUGUUUGAUUGUGGAAUGCAUAUGGGUGAUCCCAAACACCCUUACCCCGAUUUCUCUCGCAUCUCCAAAACCGGCGACUUUGAUGGAGCUCUAACCUGUAUCAUCAUCACUCAUUUUCAUUUGGAUCAUGUAGCAGCACUUCCUUACUUCACUGAAGUGUGUGGAUUUCGUGGACCUAUUUAUAUGACGCAUCCGACAAAGGCCUUGGCUCCUCUAAUGUUGAAGGAUAAUCUUAAACACAUGAUUAAUGGAAUGGGCGAUAAAGAAAAGUUUACUUCAGAUGAUAUUGAUUCGUGUAUGGAGAAAGUUAUAGCAGUGGACUUGAAGCAAACUAUUCGGGUUGAUGAAGAUCUUGAGAUUCGUGCCUACUAUGCCGGUCAUGUUAUUGGUGCUGCUAUGUUCUAUGCAAGGGUGGGAGAUGCUUCUGUACUGUACACGGGGGACUAUAAUAUGACACCUGAUAGACAUCUUGGUGCUGCUCAAAUUGAUCGUUUGCCGUUGGACCUUGUUAUAACUGAGUCAACUUACGGAACAACGAUCCGUGAUUCUAGAUUUGCUCACGAAAGCGAAUUUCUCAAAGCUGUACAUACAUGUGUUGCUGAUGGGGGAAAGGUUCUGAUACCAACAUUUGCUCUUGGGAGGGCUCAGGAAAUCUGUAUAUUGUUGGAAGAUUACUGGGAGCGGAGGAAUUUGAAGGUUCCUAUAUAUUUUUCUGGAGGUUUGACGAUCCAAGCCAACAUGUAUUCCAAGAUGCUUAUUAGCUGGACUAGUCAAAAGGUGAAGGAGGCAUACACUAAUCACAAUGCAUUUGAUUUCAAACAUGUUCGCACUUUUGAUCGUUCUCUGAUACAUGCUCCUGGUCCUUGUGUUCUCUUCGCAACGCCAGGGUGGUUAAAUACUGGAUUUUCACUUGAGGUUUUCAAGCAGUGGGCAACAUCAGAAAUGAACCUCGUUACUUUGCCCGGGCAAUGUAUAGCGGGAACAAUUGGGCAGAAGUUGAUGUCAGGAAAACCUAAAAAAAUUGAUUUGGACCCUGAAACCCAGAUUGAUGUGCGGUGUCAGAUUCACAAAUUGGCUUUUAGUCCUCACACAGACAGCAAAGGAAUAAUGGAUCUUAUGAAGUUUCUGUCACCAAAGCAUGUGAUCCUUGUUCAUGGCGAGAAGCCUAAAAUGGUAAAACUGAAAGGAAGAAUUGAAUCGGAACUGGGAAUUCCUUGUUAUCAUCCUGCAAAUAAUGAAACAGUGAGCAUUCCGUCAACUCACUAUGUCAGAGCAGAUGCUUCUGCUUCAUUUAUAAACACUACUCUAUGUCCAAACUUCAGCUUUAAAAAUAGUGCUUCGGAAGACAAAUGUACAUCAGAGCUGCAGAUAUGUGAUGUGAGGGUUUCUGAAGGACUACUAGUUAUGCAAAAUAAUAAUCAGAAACCAAAUGUUAUUCACCAGGAUGACUGGUCUGGGAAAACAGAUACAUGAACUCCUUGUCUGGGAAAAGUCAUUUGGCCAUGAUUUGCAAGAUAUAUGUAGAGCAUCUCAUCUGGUAGUAUUCACAUAAAUACCUAUGUGUUCCAAACAGAAUUGCCUGUAAUAGACUCCAGGAAUCAAUUUAUUAUCAUUUUUUUUUUCGGCAAAUAAAGUACAAGUAUUAUCA